CCUGCUUUAAAUGUAUAUCAUGUAUAUAUACAAGUUACUUUAUUAUAUUUGUUACUAUACUGUGAUACAAGAAAGUCAAAAUCACAGAUGAUAUAAAGAAUCCUAUAAUAUUGACAUAUUUGACGUUUACAUUAAAUAUAGGUUAUGUCAUGGAAAGUAUGUCAAAUACCUACAAAAACAUAAUAAACCGUUAACUUAAAUAUUAAUCAUAAAAAUAUUACUUAAAAAUGGUACUAAAACGUAAUAAAGGUUACCAAGAUAUCGAAGGGUCUUCAACAGACGCAAGAAAUGAAAUUCCAGACCCUGAUACUGUUAUAACACAAGAAAUUGAAAUGGCAUCAAUGUCUGUUGUUCCUGAUGAUACUUAUACUGUUACACAAGCUGUAAAUGCCUUAGGUUUUGGUUGGUUCCAAGUAAAACUUUCUUUAUGGACUGGAUUAUGUUGGAUGGCGGAUAGUAUGGAAAUGACGAUUUUAUCUAUUUUAUCACCCGCUCUACAUUGCCAUUGGCACAUAUCUAGAUAUCAACAAGCUUUAACAACAACGGUUGUUUUCUUGGGAAUGAUGCUUUCUUCAACAUUUUGGGGUAAUCUCAGCGAUAGAUAUGGAAGAAAACAUGCUUUAACUUUAUGUGCUGUUUUGUUAUUUUAUUAUGGCUUAUUAAGUGCUUUAGCACCCAGUUUUAUGUGGAUUUUACUUUUAAGAGGUUUAGUUGGGUUUGCUAUUGGUUGUACACCACAAUCUGUUACACUUUAUGCAGAAUUUUUACCUACAAAACAACGUGCUAAAUGUGUCGUUUUAUUAGAUUGUUUUUGGGCAUUAGGUGCUUGUUUUGAAGUAUUUUUAGCGUUAAUAGUUAUGCCUACACUAGGUUGGCAAUGGUUAUUAGCUUUAUCAACAGGUCCAUUGUUAAUUUUUGCUUUAAUUACACCUUGGUUACCAGAAUCUGCAAGAUUUCAUGUUGCAAGUGGACAAACUGAUAAAGCAUUAGAAACAUUAGAAAAAAUUGCUAAGGAUAAUGGAAAACCAAUGCUGUUGGGUCGUUUGGUUGUUGAUGAUGCCACAACAAUAUCACCACAUAGAGGAAGAUUUCGAGAUCUUUUAGUACCUUCUUUAAGAUUGACGUCUUUAUUGUUAUGGUUUAUAUGGAUGGCUUGUGCAUUUUGUUAUUAUGGUUUGGUUUUAAUGACUACUGAGUUAUUUGAAACUUCUGAAUUAAGCUGUUCAAGGAAAGUUAUUCCCCCAGAAGCUGUAGAAACUUGCGCAGCUGAUUGUAAACAAUUACAAACGACUGAUUAUAUGGAUUUAUUAUGGACGACUUUAGCUGAAUUUCCAGGAAUAUUUGCAACGAUUUUUAUAAUAGAACGUUUUGGGAGAAAAAAAACCAUGGCUGUUCAAUUUGUUUUCUACGCCAUUUGUUGUUCUUUAUUAUUAAUUUGCACUUACAAGCGUGUUUAUUUAACAAUAAUGUUAUUUUUUGCUCGUGGUAUAAUCGCUGGUGUUUUUCAAGCAGCUUAUGUUUACACCCCAGAAGUUUAUCCAACAUCUUUAAGGGCGGUUGGAGUUGGUUCUUGUAGUGCAAUGGCACGUUUUGGAGCAAUGGUUACUCCAUAUGUUGCUCAGGUGUUAUUGAAAUCAUCUAUAACUUUUGCUACAACUAUUUAUGGUAUUGCAGCUCUUUUAGCUGCUGUAGCUUGUUUGAUUUUACCAAUUGAAACGAGAGGAAAAGAGCUUGAAGAAAAAGUGCAUCAAAAUCAACCAACAGAAAGUAAAUAAAAGAAAAAUCUUUUGUUGUAUGAUUUUUUAAACGGGUAUCUUACGUUUAUUAAGUACUUAAAAAUUAAUUCGUUUAAAAUGUGAAUCUUAAUUUUUUUAAUACUUUUUUAUGCAGGCUGUUAAUUUUCACAACCAAAGUAUUAUUACUAAAUGAGAGUGUUCUAUUUUUAUUGUUAUACACAAAUUUAUUUAUUUUAAGGUGUUGGUGCUUAAUUUU